UACAAAAUUAUUAGUGGUAUUUUUUGGAGCAAUCCGAAAGGUCGAUGAUGAGUUUAUAGUGCAUUGCCCUGUGGAUUAGAACUCGGAAGAAGGUAGGAAUAACAAUGUCGGUGCUUAUUCCAAUCACACUUGUUUAACCCUCACUCCCCAAUUCCAUUUUCUUCCAUUUCCCCUCUUUUCAAUUCACAACCCUAUUCGCGAUUCAAGCAAUUAGGUUUCACAGUUUCGCUCUUUCGUGAUAAUAAGAAGCAAUUAGGUUUGUAUGCUUAGUGUGCUGUGAAAACCAUGCCUCGUAAAGUUAACUAUGGAAUCGAUUACUAUGAUGAUGACUAUGAGGACUAUGAUGACUAUGAUUAUGAUGUUGAAGCUGAAAACUAUGGAGCUGGAGAAGGAUCUGAUGCAAAGCAAGAGACCUUUAGGCAUGGAGUUUGGCAAUGCCCCAUUUGCACCUAUGACAAUGAUGAGAGUAUGACUUCGUGUGAUAUUUGUGGCGUUGUACGUCAUCCCCUGGUUAACAAUGGAACUUCAAACAGUAACAAAACAGUUGAAGAAAUAAACAAAACUCCUGGAGCAUCCAAGCUGGCCAGGUCUAUUUUUCAAUCAUUACCACACCAGAGUCCCAAAGAGGGUGUAUUAUUUCCAACGCAAGGUGUUGGUUUUUGGACAGAUAGCAGUAACAUCUACAAGCUUGAGAAUGUCCAUGGAGAAUUUCAUGAAAUUCAUAAGACUUCUAAUACUCAAAGCCAUCCCUCUUUAAAUAUAGAUCCUUUCAAGUUUGACGUUCCAUCUCCAGAUGAUGUGGUUCAUACUGGCCUACAUUCUUCAAAAGUGGGAUUGAAAGACAAAGUUAAAAACGCUAAAGAUUCACAGUUUUCACAAAACAGCAGAGAGAAGAGUGAACUUGCUGUAGAAUUCAAUACUGAAAGUGCAGACAACUCAUCAUCUUUAAUACAAAAGAGCAAGCAGGGUAGUGCAGCUCAAAACAAACUUUCCAAAAAUGUAGAAAUUGAUCUGGAAACAAUUGGUGAUACUUUAAACAGUUUAUCAGCAUUUUUGCCAAAGGACAAAGGGGAUGAUGCAAAAAAAAUAAAUUCUUCAAAAAAUGGUACAAAUGGUAUCCAAUCAAGCAAAGAAUACUCCAGUCGUUUGUCUGCACUGCCCAAAGUCGAAGAAAGUGAUAAGCUUAGUUUGUCUUCUAACAAAGAUGGAAAAUCUGAAAGUGCUUCCAGCAGUUUUAACCACUCACUUCUUGAUGUAAAAUCUGGAAAUUUUAAUAAAACUACUUCUAAGGCACCUCAUCAACAAGUUUCUUACACGCCAGAAAAGUGGAUGCUUCCUCAACAUUCUGAAGAUACAUUGACUCAGUUGAAUCUUGCGAUUGUUGGUCAUGUUGAUUCUGGAAAAUCAACACUAUCCGGCAGGUUAUUACACCUAUUGGGACGAAUUUCUAAGAAAGAAAUGCACAAGAAUGAAAAGGAGGCCAAGUUACAGGGCAAAGGAUCCUUUGCUUAUGCUUGGGCACUUGAUGAAAGUUCUGAAGAAAGGGAACGGGGAAUAACCAUGACAGUGGCUGUGGCAUAUUUCGACACUAAGAAAUAUCACGUUGUUGUGCUUGACUCUCCUGGUCAUAAAGAUUUCAUCCCAAACAUGAUUUCUGGUGCAACACAAGCUGAUGCUGCAAUUCUUGUUAUAGAUGCCUCACUUGGUGCAUUUGAAGCUGGUAUGGAUGGUGGCAAAGGACAAACAAAAGAGCAUGCACAGCUUAUUAGAAGUUUUGGUGUAGACCAUGUUAUAGUUGCAGUGAAUAAGAUGGAUGCUGUGGCAUACUCCAAAGACCGAUUUGAUUUUAUAAGACAUCAGCUGGGAACUUUUCUCCGCUCAUGUGGGUUCAAAGAUUCUUCUCUCUUAUGGAUUCCCCUGAGUGCCAUGGAGAAUCAAAAUCUGGUAGCAUCCCCUUCUGAUGCUCAUUUCAAAAACUGGUAUACUGGACCUUAUCUUUUAGAUGCAGUUGACUCACUACAACCUCCUACUAGAGAAUUCGCUAAACCUCUGCUAAUGCCAAUAUGUGAUACCAUCAAAUCAACUGCACAAGGACAGGUGUCUGCUUGUGGUAAACUGGAAGCAGGAGCUCUUCGAAGUGGAACAAAGGUACUAGUUAUGCCUUCAGAUGUUGUUGGAACAGUACGCACAUUGGAGCGCGAUUCUAAUGCCUGCUCUGUUGCAAGAGCUGGAGAUAACGUAGCUGUAACGUUGCAUGGUGUUGAUGGAAGUCAUGUAUUGGCUGGAGGUGUAUUAUGCCAUCCCGACUUUCCUGUUGCAGUUGCAAAGCAUUUGGAGUUGAAAUUGCUUGUCUUGGAUGGUGCAAGUCCCAUAUUAGUUGGCGCUCAGUUAGAGUUUCAUAUUCAUCAUGCAAAGGAACCUGCUAGAGUUUCAAGAAUAUUGUCAAUACUUGAUCCCAAGACUGGUAAGGUGACCAAAAAGUCCCCUCGCUGUCUCACGUCAAAACAAAGUGCAGUAAUUGAGGUGAUUAUGAAUGAGCCAGUCUGCGUGGUAGAGUUUUCUAGAUGUAAAGCUCUUGGAAGAGUAUCCCUUAGAUCAUUAGGAAGAACAAUUGCUGUUGGACUUGUGACAAGAAUAAUUGUAGAACAAGAUUAGUUGAUGUUAUUUCUUCAAAAAGAUCAGCCGAUGAUGUUAUAUCUCCGAAAAAGAUCAGCCGAUGGUAACAUUGAAGAGGUUCCGUGUAUACCAUGUAUGUUGUUCAAGUACACACACAUCUUUGUUUGCCAUAUAAUUUAGCUAGAAUAGACAAUGAGCGGCUAUGUAAUUCUUGUUGAGGUUCCCUGGUCAAUAUGUGAAUCAUGUAAAGAUAGUUAACUGUUGAGUUUUUUACUUUUUUGAAAUGUUUUAACCAAUACAUGUAUCAUAACUCAUUAGAGAGCUAUGCUCUUCAAUAGUCUAGACUUGUUGAACAGGGCAUCUGGCUUCUUUUGAGAUUACUUUUAAAUGCUGCACUUGAUGGGAUUCAAUUC